AUGAACAUAGUGUUAUCAAAGCUUGAUCCAUUAAUCACCAAAUUUGGACUUGAUAAUACAGAUCAAAUGGAAAUACUCAAAGGACCAUGCAGCAAAAUCGGAGUUCGACCUGCUCAUGUGGUUUUUAUUGCUAGUUCUGUUGCUCUCUUUAGCAUUUUGUUUGGAAUUGCAGCACGUUUUCUCUCAACAUUCAUUUCCAUCAUCUAUCCAGCAUAUAGAAGCAUUCAAGCCAUUGAGUCUGCAGGUGAAAAUGAUGACAAGCAAUGGUUAACCUAUUGGAUUCUAUUUUCAAUCAUCACUUUGGCAGAUGCCUCAAUUGGAUUUGCAUUGGAGUUCAUUCCCUUUUACCACAUCUUGAAAUUAGCACUCUUUGUUGCCUUAUUCCACCCAUAAGUCAAAGGAGCUGAGAAAUUGUAUGAUUAGUUUGUUCAUCCCCUUUAUUUGAAGCAUCACGAGAAAAUUGACAAAGGUUUCUAGAAGGUUCAAGAGAAAGUAAAGUAACAAGUCAAUGAUAAGUUCUAAAAUUGAUAUUGUAUGACCACGUAUA